AUGAGUGGAUUUGAAGCACUUUCGAAACCGUUGAAACCGCGAUCAGAAGUCGCUGUUCAUACCAUUCAUCCAACACUUGAAGAAAAGCCACGUUCGAAAUACAGUGUACCAGACUGGUUCAAUCAUAAUUAUGCGAUUUCCUAUGAUGCUGAACGUAGUCGAAAUGUUUCUCAUCAAGUGCGACAAGAUGGUCGACGAUUGACUAAUGAAACUUAUAACGAAUCAUGGUGGAACAAACAUGAUAACGAUGUGCGAAUUUCUGAUCGACUUGAUGAAAUUGACAAAUGGCGCAAAACACUCGAAUAUACUAUUCAAGAUAUUGAUCGAGAAAUUCAAGCCAUUCAAACAGCCAAAGAACAAUGCGAACGGUACCUUGAAUCAAUGCGUCGCCCCUUAGAUGUAGCUCUGGAAAACCAUGUGACACGCGAUGGACGUAAAGCCAUCGACAAUGUUGAUGAUGAACCCGAGCGUGAAUUGAAGAAGGAAGUAUAUGUUAUCGACGGGGUCAAACGACAACUUCAUCAACAAGUCCAAACUGCCUUCGAUCAAAUUGCUCGUCUUACCGAAGCUAAACAACAAUUAAUCCGAGAUUUGCAAGAUAAACACACUGCUUUUGCUAUCUGCGAAGAAAAUCUCCAAUUGAACGAAUUCUCACCGAACAUCAGUUAUAAACCUGAUCCAUGCCGACCAAUCAAAGGGCAAAUUACACCUGAAGAAUGGAUGGCGUUUUCAAAAUACAACAAAGAUCGCGCAGAAAAAGAAAUGUACGAAUCAACACGUCUUCGUGAAAGCAUCUUCCAUACUAUGGGACAAUCAGCUGCUGAUCUCGAAUCACAAAGUAAAGCAAGUGAAUAUGCCUUACGAAAACGUUUACACGAACUUGAACGAUCGCUCAACGAACUGGAAUGGCAAAAGAAACAGACGCAAGAAGAAAUUCUUAGCAAUGAAAACGAUAUCGAUCGUUUGGAGAAAGCUAUUCGAGAUAAGGAACCAUUGAUUAAAUUAGCAAUGACCCGACAAGAGAAUCGUCAUAGCCGUCCAGGAAUGGAUCUUGUUCGCGAUGAAGUCAGCUAUGGAUUAUGCGAUGAAAUUCAACAACUGAAAGCCGAAAAACGUGCUUUAGAAGACCAAUUAAAACAAGCGAAACAUGCAUGGAACAUUCUUCAACAAAAUUUACACCGUAUCGAAGACGAAAUUGCCGUCAAAUCCAAUUCCAUCAUGUUAGAAAAGCGCGCCCUAGAAACACGCCGUCGUCUGAACACAGAAAUCACACCGAUGACCGAAGUUGAUCGUACUCGACAACUGAUGAACAUGGACUCGAGUGGCAUUCGCCCGGUCCUUCAAUCCAUUUACUAG